CGAUCGGCUAUAACGGAGCAUACAGUCAGAACACAGCGCGCGGAGCAGGAGACCACUCAACACCCGCUCGUGGGAACCACCGAGAGUAUCACCAGUGGGCUAUGGAGUAUAGUUGCCACCUCUCGCAAUAAAAGGACGCGUCCGGAACUUGUAUUAAUAUCGAGCGCACUGGGGAAGAUUGGACCUGUCACUCGACGUUCGCUCGUGUAUUUCUUGAUUCGGAGUGCUGUAGAGUUCGGGAGGGAGCUCUGGCUCAUUAUAUCGUAUCUAAAGCAGACGCGACGAGCCGCAGUCGUCUACCUGUUGAAAUCAUGAGUCACGCGGACAUGACUUGCUCUGCGCGUCAAAGGGUGUUUCAGGAAGCGCUCAGGAAGGGCAACACCAAAGAACUUCACUCCCUCUUACAGAACAUGACAAACUGUGAAUUUAACGUGAACUCGUUCGGACCGGAGGGACAGACGGCGUUGCACCAGUCCGUGAUCGACGGGAACCUGGAGUUAGUGAAGCUGCUGGUGAAGUUUGGCGCAGACGUCCGGCUGGCCAACAGGGACGGAUGGAGCGCGCUGCACAUAGCAGCGUUUGGUGGACAUCAAGACAUAGUUCUGUACCUCAUCACACGGGCGAAGUACUCAUCAAGCGCACUCUGAGGAAGUCAAAGACAGUCCGACACUGUACCUUAUGCCUUGCAUACAUUUGGUCCCUUUGUGCCAAAGCUUUGUGAUAUAACGUGUUUAUGAACUUGUCUUGAAUUGACAUGAGUGCUCACACAAUUCAAAUCCAAAAGGCAGUUUUAGGGAAUUUUGGUAAUGUAGGGCAAUGUUGGGUUGUUACAAUGUAUUGCCAACUUCUGAUGCAUGGUAAAAAAUAAUCAAUGCAUUCACUGCAAAAAAAAAAAAAACAACAUUGUCUUAAUCAAAUUGUUUCCCUGUAAAAUAUGUAAACAUCCUUAAAACAAGAUACAUUUUCUUGACAAGCAAAUCGGAUAUUUUGUUGUGUUCUCAGAGAAAGUUUAGUGAGGUUUUUGCUUAAGACAAGAACAAACUAUUUGCCAAUUGGGUAAGAAAAAUAAACAUAUUUCAAAGGGAAAAUACAUACCUCAUGGCAGAGAUUUUCUCCUUCUCUUUUUAAGCAUAUCGUGUAAUACAUUUUGUAAACUUUCUCUGAAAACAAGACUUAAUAUCUUAUGCCACUUUGUUUGUAAAGUACAUGUAUCUUGUUUUAAGAAUAUUUAGAUACUUUUCCUGGAAAACAAGACAAAAAUACAAAUUAAGUAAAAGAGGGGUUUCAGUGAUAUUUAUAGAUAUUGCAAAAGACAAACUGAACACUCAGAUCAAAGUAUAAAAGCGGACACUUGGUGGUCCAUCAAGAUGACUAGACUGACACAUGUGGCAUAAUUUUAUACAUUUAUGCAUUUGGCUGCCACUUUUAUCUAAAGGGACUUACAGUGCAUUCAAAGUAUACAUUUUAUCAGUUUGUGUGUUCCCUGGGAAACAAACCCAUGAUCUUGGUGUUGAUAGUGCCAUCCUCAACCUAUUGAGAUAGAUCUGUAGCUCAACAGGUAGAGCAUGCCACUAUAUACUGAAGGUAGUGCAUAUAUAGUGCACACACACACACACACACACACCCACCCACCCCGUCUGUAUGUUCUGUAAAACAGGGAGUGAUUUCAGCUACCUCAACUGUAAUGCAUUAUUGCAUGGUGACAUUGCAACAAUGGUCAUCAAGGUUAGUAUCACAUAGUUGACAAUUCAGGAUCUGUAGUUGAAAAUGUAUCAGUUUCGCUCCUCUUAAAUGGAAAUAUUCAAACAACACUUCCAGACACUAUCAAAAAGAACUGUGUUUUGGGACUGUCAUGUCAUCUUCAGGACUUUGCUACUGGUUUCUGAUUAGUUCCCAUUUCUAUUGAGUUCCUGACACUAAAGAGAAGCUCAUUUUAGAGAAACUGCAAUGGAUCUGUGAUAAGAGAUUGUGUGUUAUUUUCAGCUGAUAUCUAAAUGUCAUACUCCUCACAUUUCAAGCCCAAUUUUACAGUUUUGUCAUUCAGAUGUUGAGCAAAUCCAUAGAACGAUGACAUAUCACACAAGUCUAUAGAAUGCACCGUAUCCUAAAGCUAAAAUAGGCCUUUUCUGCUUAGACCCCUUGCCAACUCAGGCAAGAUGUGGUAAGGUUUGAACAUUAUGUUGUGACUUUUGGAAUGCUUGUUAUGAAGUGUCAUUCAAAGCCAGUAUGGCUUUAAAAUAUGCAUCAUUACUUAUACUUGAGAAUGUUUUAACUAUUGCACUGAUGGCUGUUUUAUGACUUGUUGGUGUCAUGCCAACUUUUAAAGAUAAUAUUUUUCUAAAUGGAAAAAAAUUCUUAUUGUAUGGAAGCUUCAGGGUGGUUUUAACUCAUUCUUCGCAAAGGCAUUUAUAUGCCUAUGAAUUGAAAUAUGUUUAAUUUUACACACUCUGCUUGAAUGUUCCUUUGUAUAUUCUAGAGACUAUAACAACUGUUAAACUUUGGCAGAGUUAACUGGGUAUCAUUUUGACCUGAUGAGGGAACAUACAAGUAGAGUGUCUAGAAACAACUCUUGGAGCACUUCCUAUCUGACGUCCCAUCCUCCUCUUUUUCAGGGGGAUGCUACAUAGUAAAACCAGUGUAACAAGAACUUGCACAAUGCAAGUCUUUACUUGAUAAUGCCAUAACAUUUAUGACAUGAAAGUAAAAGUAACUUCUUUGAGAUGAAAGUGAAAUGACUGAUUUUGUUUGGACCAACUUUUGAUAUAUUAUUUUCAUCAAAGAAAAGUUUGUGGAAGAGGCCUACAAAUUGGACUCUCAUUUUGUUUUUGUCUUUUGUGAAUUGUUACUUUGUUGUGUGUGUGUAUAUAUAUAUAUAUAUAUAUAUAUAUAUAUAUAUAUAUGUUAGCUGUUCGUUUAUGUUUGAAAUGCUAUAAGUGGUCAUAUUUUAGAGAUAUUACUUGCUGUAUUUUGAACUUUUGUACAAAGGCAUUUUUUAUAUUAA